AUGAUUGUGGGGUAUCUGACCAGGGAUAUACCAAAGGUGUUGCAUGUCUUUCUUCUCAUAUAUCAGCUAUCUAUCUACUUCCAGUCCUCCUUCCCCCACAGCUUAUCCUCUGACGACACCACAACAAACAUGUCAGUCUGCAUCCUCUCCCUCCCUUCAGAGAUCCAUCUCGCCAUCUUCAAAGCCCUCAACGGCCCCAUCGACAUCCUAAACCUCUCCUCGACAUGCCGUUCCCUCCGCGGCCUGCUCACGUCCAACACGCGAACCCUGCUCCGUAAAGCAGCCUCACAGCGUUUCCUCAUGUUCGACGACUGCCUACGUGCCGCGCGGGCCAGCAAGCUCCCCCUCGAGUGGGAAGGGAACCAUUUCGACCUCGCCGAGAAACACUACCCAACGCCGCCCACAAAGGCCUUUUGCGAGGGCCUCGCCGCGGCACCCCCCACCUUUGACGAGCUCCUCACCGUCAAGCAGAUCAGCCGCAUGCUCGCGGGCUGGCUUAACCAGUUCCAGGAGAUUGUGCAGAUCGAGUGGAUCACCGAGCACGGCGAGGAGAGCUUCUACCGUGCGGGCGCCAGAUACCUGGUGAUGAGCUAUCUCUUCUCGGGGGCCUUUCUCGAGCCCCUCAGGGCCCGGAAGCUACCGGAUGAUCACAGUGCUACCGACACCGACGAAGAUGGGAUGACGCGCUUCCCGCCAUACCAUGCGACGGACCCCGACUGGCGCUAUGCCCAGCUGGAGAGUCUCUAUGGCGGCUUCAUCGAGUGGAUUGUCGAGGACGGGGAGAAGCAGGGACCCAUCAAGAGCUGGACAUCUGCGCGUGACAGCAACAAUCUCAACUUUAACCCGUUCCGCAAGAUCCUGAGGAGCCUGCUUGGGAUGGGUCCCGAGCUGAAGCCGAGGGUACCUUACAGCGGGCUUGCGGAGGUCUCUUCACUUCUCUUGAUGCUCGAGCUCAACACCUUUCUAGCAACGGAGGUGCCGUGUGUUGUGAUGGAAGAAGAAAAAACAGGAGCCGAGUCCAGCGAGCACAGUCUCCUCCGUCUCUGCCACUUUGGCGACUUCCGGCCCAAGUUCGAACACCGCUCCAACCGCACGGGCCGGGACCUUGUCGUGGGCUACCUGGCGUGCCCCGGCGACUAUGCGGCAGAGGAGUUUGCGGCCCCUACCCGCGUCCUCCAAUAUGUAUUCCGCCCACCAUCGAGCUUGAACGAUGUGGAGGAGGUCUACAGGCCGUACAUGGACUUUUUCCGGAUCGCGUUCAAAAAUCGAAGGAUUGCCUUCUAUCGCGUGCCACAUUCGCGCUUUAGAGGACAUUCCAACUUCUUUUUGUAUGAUCGCAGCACCUAUGCUUGA